CAUCUGUGUGUACGCAGUAAUCUGUGCUCGCCGGUACAAAUAAGUAAAGUAGCAACGUUGUGAGGAGUAUAAACUGUAGACCGUUUACAGUGGAUUCGGGGGUGCAUAAACCACCGAUAUUGUGUUUCCAUACAAAGAAGUGUAAUCGCAAUUCUUCAAAAUGACGAUCGGGAAGAACAACAAAAUGCUUCAGCAUAUAAACUUCAGAGUUAGAAUAAUUCUACAAGACUCUAGAACGUUCAUUGGCACCUUCAAAGCGUUCGACAAGCAUAUGAACCUGAUUCUUGGUGAUUGCGAAGAGUUCAGAAGGAUAAAACCAAAAAAUACCAAACAACCCGAACGUGAAGAGAAGAGAAUUCUAGGCUUCGUCCUUCUCCGAGGCGAGAACAUUGUCUCUCUUACAGUAGAAGGUCCCCCUCCUCCAGAAGAAGGCUUACCUCGUGUUCCAAUUCCUGGCGCUGCUCCAGGUCCCGGAAUGGGCCGGGCAGCUGGUCGCGGCAUGCCUGCCAACGUCUCAGGUGUACCCGCUGGCCUGCAAGGUCCAGUUCGCGGCGUAGGUGGCCCUUCCCAGCAAAUAAUGACCCCAGGUGGCAGAGGCCAAGUAUCUGCGCCGCCCCAGAUGCACCCUGGAGGCCCUCCUCGCAUGCCAGUCGGCGGGCCACCACCUGGUAUGAUGGGUCCACCGCCAGGAAUGAUGGGAAUGCCUCCUGGAAUGCCACCGAUGGGUCGUGGCGGUCCGCCAAUGGGUCCUCCUGGAAUGCGGGGACCACCUCCUGGCAUGAUGCGAGGUGGCCCACCUCCACGUCCGUAUUGAGUUCAACUUUAAGUCUAUAUUUUGAUUCUUGGAAAAACAUGAUUAUGAUAAAUAAAGAACUAAUACCUUUCUACUA